GUCUGUCGACAGGCAAAGUCUUGAGAUUGAUAUCCUCAGCCUCCUUUUAAAAAAUCGUUUCUCGACGUAAUGAGACUGCUGAUUUUGGGAGUCGUGUUUCUGUUUCUAGUCCAUUUGGACGAAACGGCCAUUUGGAGCACUCCACUCAACGCAACCGGAAACGUUUUAGACUGGCAGCCAUCAGCUGCUGCUGCUGCUAUUACAGUUGUGCAGCAGGUUCACACAGUCUCGAAACUUCAGAAUAAACAAGGAAAUGAGCCAAUUGAAUCUGUAUUUGAUGAUCUCACGGAGAUCUUACCUGCGGUGCCAAAAGUAUCAAGUCACUACUACAAAAUUUUAGACAUCCAACAGGAUAAAAGUCAAACAUUCUGCAACCCGGCUGCGCCACCAGAAUGUGUCGAUAAAACUUUUGGUUUCUGCAUCUACGAUAUUGAAUAUCCCGAGGAUGACAUCAAGCUGGCCAUCGAAUUGUCUGAAUUAGCACAAAAAUUCACUUACAAGCUAAUCAAUGACGAAAUCAGAUUAGAGCUGGAAUUUGAAAACAGAGAUAGUAAAUGUCCAUAUCGCAGUCUGGUGAUCAAACCCAUUCGGGCACGUAACAUUGACGGGCAAUGGCGCGUCAUCGUUCAGAAUGUUGAUGAUAUCCUUCAACGGGAAAGGAUCGUCCUCUGCAGUGGUCUGGGCGAAUACUGCGAAAAUUUAGGGCACUUUGGUCCAGUGCAUUGCUACAGUAGUCGUUGCAGUCAGCAAUAUCUCGUUCGAAAACUAUUGGCUUACGAUCCGUGCAAUUCAAAUCGUGGCGCCUUUGUCGACUCGUUCAAGUUGCAAUCGGCUUGCAGUUGCCGAUUUUCUCGAAUACCUUGUUAG